AUGCCUCAGGGACAAUUCCCCUCCACAAUGAAAGCCCACGUGCUUGAGGCGUUCAACACACCCUAUGUCCUUCGCGACGUCCCAUUUCCUGUCAUCGAAGAUCCCAAUGAUAUCAUUAUCCGAGUUGAUGCAGCAUCCUACUGCCACACGGAUGCUGUUUUGGCCGGGGGCAAAAUGCACCCUCCGCCUCUCCCCCACAUUGGCUGCCACGAGUUUGCCGGCACGGUGGUGGCUCUUUCUGGGCCAUCGUCCAGCCGGAACUUGAAAGUGGGUGAUCGUGUCGCCGUUCCAGGUCGUGGUCACCACGUGUGCGGGAAAUGCCUGGAGUGUCGUAAUCCUUCGGGCCCUGUGCCCGACGAACCGGGAUACUCUGUUUACUGUCCCAAGGCCGGUGGUGGACUGGGGGUAGGUGACAAGCCAGGCGGGUUUCGAGAAUAUGCACUCGUCGACUCACGACAGGUGGCAUUGAUCCCCGACAGUCUGUCAGCCAUCGAGGUGGCGCCGCUGAUGUGUGCGGGACUCACGAUCUACGCGGCAUUGAGGAAGUGUGAGCUUCAGCGGGGACAACGAGUCGGGAUUAUGGGGUGUGGCGGUGGUUUGGGACACUUGGGGCUGCAGUUUGCGACGAAGAUGGGAUUGAAGACUACGGGGGUCGAUGUGGCGCCACGGGCGCUGGGGCUCGCGAAAGGAUUGCAGACUGGCGCGACGAUCGUCGAUGCGUCGAAAGAGAGCGCGGAAACCGUCAGACGCAGAAUGGGUGAAGAGGACAGACGGGAGAAUCUGUCAGAGAUGGGAUUAGACGCCGUGUUGAUCCUGCCAGAGAGCCAGCAGUCUUUCGACUACGGAAUGGCCUUGUUGAAGAGUGGCGGCCUCCUCGUCCUGGUGUCCUUUCCGCCUCAAGGAUUCCACGUCUCAGCAGACGACCUCGUCUUCCGUCGCAUUCGGGUCGUCGGUAGUUUGAUCGGUUCCAAUCAGGCGAUGAGAGAUAUGUUUGACUUUUGUGUCCAGAACGAUGUCAAGGCGAGGAUUAGGACUUAUCCAUUUUCGAAGCUGAAUGAUUUGGUCAAGGACUAUCAUUCCGGCGUGGUGGGUAAACUGGUGCUUGAUAUGUCCAUGAAAGAGGAAGGAUGA